UUACAUGCCUUAACCUCAAAAACUUUAGUUGAAUGUUGAACAUGAAAAUAGAAAUUUAAUAAACAAAAAUAUCAAAUUUUAAAAUACAGGAAAAUGCUUUUUCACUCCGUAUGGAAGGAGCAUAAAAACUUUUUUAAAUAUAUUUCUUUUGCAGUUUUUGGAACAACCACUGGUUGGGUUUAUUAUCAAAUAAAUAGAACAAGAGAGGUUCUGGAGAAUGCAUUGGAUACAACAGUUUUACAGUCAAUGGAUACGUACAUCUCUAAAGAGGAGACAUUAGAGGAUGAAAUAAUCGAAAUAGAGCCUUAUUACUUUGAAUUUAGGAAAAGUAGUUUGAUAAGAUGGGUCUUAGAUACUAUUAAAUUUAAUUAUGCGAGGAGAUUACUAUCAGUUGCUAAAGGAAGCGACAAAUAUUACAGAACGAAAGCUGCGAACAGCCUAGCCGACAUGCCAUAUUUGGACAACUGGCACUAUGCCUUGAUCGCAAACAUGAUUGAUCCUCGAACUGCGGUGGCUUUAGCGAGAAUUCCACAUGCCGAUAAGCGACUGUUCUUAGAUCCGCCCUAUAGAUAUCACAACUACAACAAAGAUCAACUCAUUAAUGCUAUGAGAGAGUUUCUAAUUAGUGUCUAUGAAAAGUCUCAGCAUCCCUGUAUGGGUUAUUUUCUAUCCAAAGCAUUUGUUUAUGAGCAUGAUAGCGGCCACAUCGUAGACAAUGAUUCAUCAUCGUUAGAAUUAAGUAAAUUCAUCCAAACCGAAAAAGAAGUACUGCCGAUGUGUCUUGAAUCGUUAUUGCACCAUUGCAGUGUUGAAAAGUAUUCCAAAGAUAUUGCCGAUCUCAAUGGCUUGCCACUUCUUAUGGAAGUCUAUAAACGCUAUCCGGAUGAUAUUAAUGUCAUCGUCAAAUUAUGCCAAAUACUGUCUUACAUGAGUUACAACAAGAGUUUAUUGGUCCCUUUUUGUAAGUCUGGUUGGAUUGGCGUUUUAUCUUCCUGGACCAAACACGACGACGUACGGGUCUCCAUUCCAGCCGCACGUGCUCUGGCCAACUUAGAUGACGACAACGAUGCGCAAUACCCGAACAAUUUAUACAUUUUACACCCCAUCACCCGAACGAAAAGAAUUCAAGAUGUGGACGUAAUAUUUGUGCACGGAUUACUUGGCGGUGUAUUCUUUACGUGGAGGCAGAGACGAAAAAAUCAAUCUGCUUUAGGGCUACUUGGUAAGAGGCGGGGAAAAGAAAGUUUACUGCCAGAUACGGAAAUGACGCCAUCAACUGAGAAAAGAAAAACCGCUAAAGAGUAUCUGGAUCAGCUUAAAGAAAAACUACUAAUACAGGAUUACGAAGUCGUAUGGACUGACAUUCCCGUAAAUGCCAACGAGAAAUGUGCCGGGCCGUUCACUUGUCCCGGAGAUGACUUUGCCGUCAAGAAAAAUUUCGAAGAGGAUCAAGUCUAUACGUAUUGUUGGCCAAAGGAUUGGUUGGGUCAAGACUGUAAAAAUAUACGCGUUAUUGGGAUCAAUUAUGACACCAACUUGUCAAUGUGGACUCCGCUAUGUCCAUUAGAAAAGGAAAAAUUGACUUUAGAUGAGAGAAGCGAACUUAUAGCUAAGAAUCUUAUAAACUGUGAUGUCGGGAACAGACCUAUCGUGUGGAUUACGCAUUCAAUGGGCGGACUUAUCGUAAAAAAUAUUCUUCAAAAAGGAUUUAAUAGUGCCGAUCCUAAAUUAAGAAGUCUCUGCAUGAACACCAGAGGAAUAGUCUUUUACAGUACGCCACAUAUUGGGUCGAAAAUGGCAAAUUUAAGUAAUGCUGUGUCCCUUGUUCUAUGGCCGUCAGUAGAGGUGCAAGAACUAAAAGAAAAUUCGCCACGGCUCAAAGAAAUGCACGAAGAGUUUUUGAAAAUUGUUAAAGAAGUGCCAAUGCGUGUCGUCAGUUUUGUCGAACUGAAAUCGACGGUGGUAACGGCGAUGAAAUUUAACUUUCGAUUUGUCGAUCUCAAAUCUGGUAAUCCUGGAGUUGGAGAAUAUUACGAAAUUCCGCAAGAUCAUUUAGGAAUUUGUAAACCCGAAAACAGGUAUUCUUUCCUGUACCAGAAAGUUCUUCAUCUCAUCAAGCAAGUUAAGCAAAAUGCCAAAAAUCCCGAACUGAAGCAGCUCGAGUCCUAAUUAAUAAAACGCUCAUCAAACUGUGUGAUACUAUUUUACCAUUUUGUAAAACAUGUUUUAUAUUUAAAUAUAAUUUUUAUUUAA